CGCACAAGAAGUCGCGAGAGAGAGACACAUUCGCUCACCUCUUCUGUUUCCGGAAACCAGUAUCCCGAAAAGAUGAAGCUGUUAACGCACAAUAUGCUCACUUCACACGUUCGCCCCGGUGGGGGUUUUCCCCUUCGUAUUCAGGCCACGGAGGUGAAGGUGAACAACUUGGAUUUCAACCAGGAGUUCACUGCACGGAUGGUGCCCAAAGUGGAGUGGGGGGCCUUGGUGGAGGCAGCUGAGAGUUUGGGUCACCGAUCUGACCUGCCCUCUGAGCCUAUCCCUGACUAUGAGAAGAACGAGGAGUUUCUUCGAAAAGUACAUCACGUGCUGAUGGAGGUGGAAGUGAUGGAAGGCGUGCUGAAAUGUCCGGACACUGGCCGGGAGUUCCCCAUCACUAAAGGCAUACCCAACAUGUUGCUGAGUGAAGAGGAGACAUGAGGGACUUCUUUCUUUCAAAGGAAGUCCAAGGAGGACGAUGGGGGUGGGGUAGGGGAGGGCCUGUUCUUGAGCAGAAUUAAACCUCUUAUUUUUCUGUUUGAAAGGGAGACUUUUGCAAUGGUUUCAGGGUGGGAAGAGGCGUUUCUCCAGCUGC